GGCAGAUAUGUGGCGAUGAUCAUCGAGCACGACACCCACUGCGCUGCCAUGCGAGAAAGCAAUGCGAUCGACAUAAGUGUUGGGCCACAUCUGGAAAUUGUGCUGGUGACGAAUGGGAUGAAUGAAAGUGUCUGCGGCACUGAUGCGCUGACUGCCCUGGCGGCAGACGGGCGACGAUCCAACGCCUUCCACGCCGGUGGCAUUGAGGUCGUCGACCCACGGUAAACCACAGGCCAUGGCAUCAGCCACAAAUGCCCUCUGGAUGGCUCCGGCGUGCUCGGGCUGCGUGCGUGUCAAGAGCGGGUGGACUCUCUUCGCGCCACUCGCCUCGUCUCGCUCCAGUGCGAUGUACACGGGCUCGACGCUGUCCCACGACCACGCAUCGUUGCCCAGCUGCACCCACUCCGCACAGUCGCGUACGCUGUUCCUCAACGCAGUCCCGCCAUUGAUGCUGCUGCCUCCGCCGACCACCUUGGCUUGCGCCACAUGCAUAGAAUCACUGCCAUCCGGAAGUUCCACGCGAAUGUUCCAAUCGAUGCGAUCAUUGAAGAUUUCCGACUGUCCUUUCAUAGGCACCCGCCGCGCAUUCUUCGCGCCCAAUGCGACCUCUGGCUCGAGGCAAUCAGGGCCGGAUUCGAGGAGAAGCACAUUGAAUGCGGCAUUCUCAGCAAUUCGAGCUGCGAUGAUGCAGCCUGCGGAGCCAGCGCCGACGACAAUGUGUGUGAAUGGAGCCAUUUUUGAUAGUAGAACUAGCUCGCUUCUACCACAACCAGCGGUAUGCCUGGUCAGAGUGACAAUAUGCAAGUGUAACGUAUGAAUCCCCAGUAGUUCAACUCGGUCAGCAUUUCACCAAGAAUCGGCAAAGUGGUGCUGCCAGGAAGGAUUUGGACAGACGAUGUUGAUGGCAGAACGGCUAAACGGCGAAUUGUCAUGAAGUAGUAUAGACGCUGGAAACUUACCACUGCUCGAUAUUCUCACGAGUAAAGCUUUCAAACAGAACAUACACUGUGCUCCAGCUCACAUCAGACUGAUUGGAGCAACAAUGGAUCUAUUCGAUCUCCAAGGCCAGACAGCCGUCGUCACUGGAGCAGCCCGCGGACUCGGCCUCUCCUUCGCCCAAGUACUCGCGCGAGCAAAUUGCAACAUUGCCAUUCUCGACAUCGGCUCUAGCCCCUCCGAAGCAGUGCAGAAUCUCCAAACACAACAUCAUCACCACGUGAAAAUCGAAUACUACUCCUGCGACAUCAGCUCCAAGGCCACCGUGGCAGCGACCAUUGCACUGAUUGAGCGCGAUUUUGGCCGAAUCGAUAUCAACGUGAAUGCUGCAGGUGUAGUCUCCGACGAACCUUUUCUCACCACCAGCGAGGAAAAUGUAGAUCGGACGUUUAAUAUCAAUUUCAAGGGAUCCUAUUUCGUCGCCCAAGCCUGCGCUGCGAGUAUGGUUGCACGAGUGAAGAAAAGUAACAACAACGAUGAUCCAGCUCCUACUGCUUCUACUGCUACCGUCGACAGCGAUAAUGAUAGUGGUGGAAGCAUCCUCUUCAUCGCCUCCAUAGCAACCCACAUCCCGUCCUCGGCCCAACACAUCAGCGCAUACAUCGCCUCCAAGGAAGCCGUACGAGGUCUGAUUCGACCCCUCGCCAUCGAACUCGCGCCGUUUGGAAUCCGUGUCAAUAGCCUCAGUCCGGGAUACAUGAUGACGGACAUGAUGCGAGGCUUGCAGCGCGAGCAGCCGGAUCUGGUCCGGCAGUUUCAGCGGGAGACGCUCCUGGGAGGGGGGAGGAGGAUUGGUAUGCCCGAGGAUUUGCAAGGGCCGUUGUUGUUGCUGUGCUCACGUCGUGCUGGGGGGUGGGUGACGGGUCAGGAUGUAUUGGUUGAUGGGGGAGCGGCAAGUUGGAAACAUCCUGCUGUUCUGGGUGAAUGA